AUGAUUGUAAGAAGAGAACAAUGUGAAAACUUUAGGAAUAUUAAGCUCAUCUUCAAAUUAUCUGACUUCUCACGUUUUAUUACGAUCAAUAUUUUGCCUUUGCAGUCUAAUCAAGGAAGUGCUGAUUCAACCGUUUAUUUUAAUGAUCAUCUUGCUUUUACAGGACGGAAGCUUGUUGGUGGAAGUGACAUUGGAGGCAUGAAAGAGACACAAGAGAUGCUAGACUUCUGCGGGAAGCACAAUAUAAAUGCAGACAUUGAACUGAUCCGUAUUGAGUAUGUCAACACAGCUUUUGAACGCCUUGCCAAAUCUGAUGUCAGAUACCGUUUUGUGAUUGAUGUGGCGAACUCCUUGGCUGGUAAUUAAGUGGUGAAUUUGUAGUUCUUCUGUCUCCUUCAUGAUGCAUAGCGUGAAAUGUAACAAUAUUUGAAACAUUCGAUUCAGAUUUGCAGUGGUAAUUGGCAAGGUGAAACAUCUUCGGUUUUGUUGAACUAGACAUCAGUUUACUUGUGUUUAAUAAAAAGAUCAAAUCUUUCUGGUU